AUGACAAAAAUUUCAAAGCUUUAUGAAUUAAAACUGCCACUAAAGAAAUCAGAAUAUAAUAACGGUAACAGAUAUGCAUCAAUACAUAAAUAUAAGAAGGAAAAAUCCCAAGGUUAUAAAAUUACACUAAUAAAAAAAGAAUCUAAUGUACAUGACACACUUGGGAAGGUAAAUACAACAAUAAAAUAUUUACAUCUUCAUUCUAAAAUACCUACAAUUGUUAGGAAAUGUAUACCAGAUGCAGCAUGUAUUCUUACAGAAAUAUCGCACUAUAGUGAUAAACUUAUAGAAACUUCUUAUAAAAAUAAUCAUUUUUCACAUGAUGUUUUUAAUGUGAAGAUUGAAACACGUAUCACGACUGAAAAUCCUUAUCCUGAUAUGGAACUAGAAGUAGUAGAUUAUUCUAAUGGAGAUGAUUAUAUUAAAUGUUACAAACGUAUAGAUGUAGAAAUUAAUAAUUGGAUGAUGGGAUGGAUUGCACACGAAAUUUCUGAAAGCAUGAAAAAUCAAAUACUUGAACACCACCAGCUAGUAGUCAAUCUUAAGGAUGAAUGGUGUGACAUAAGUGUAGUAGAAUUAGAUAAAUUAGAAAAUGAAUUAUACGAUUAA